UGAUUGGUUGAAAUCUCGUGACAAUCAAAGCCGAGUAAUUUUAACCGUGUGUGAAAUUGAAGUUAUUCCCAACAGAACGAGUAACUGAAAUAUACCGUCCGGCGCAUAAAAUGCGCAGAAAUAUUAUGGCUAGGAACGAAUACUCGAAGCUUACUCAAGGCGAUGAAGAAAUUGGCUGUCAGUUUAUAAAGAAGGAAAAAGACAGUCAUGAACAUGACGCGAGAAAGCGUUUGAUUAUAGCUUGCGCUUUCUGUACAGUGUUCAUCAUCUGUGAGGUUGUUGGGGGAGCUUUGGCCAACAGUCUUGCCGUAAUGAACGACGCAAUCCAUCAAUUCUUUGACUUGAAUUCCUUACUGUUAAGUUUGGCUGCCUCGUGGAUCGCAGGAUGGAAACCAAACGACAAUAAAACAUUCGGAUAUUACAGAGCUGAAAUACUUGGUGCAUGCGCUGUAAUAAUCACGAUGUGGUUGCUAACCGGCGUGCUCGCAUAUGAAUCAAUUUUAAGACUCAUCCCAGGCCACAGCGGUCAUCACAGUCACAUUAACUCCAACGCGAUGAUAUUGACGGCAGCUUUAGCUUUCAGUGCCAAUAUCAUAAUUAUUUUCUUGUUGAAUGGUCAUUCCCAUCUUGGAGGCCAUCACCAUCACGAGACGAACAUGACAGUGAAAGCCGCCCUUCUUCACACGCUUGGAGACGUUUGUCAUAGUUUCGCUGUGCUGGUUGGCGCAAUCCUCAUCAAAAUUAAUCCCUCCUGGGAAAUCGCCGAUCCAAUAAUAAGCCUGGUAGGAGCAUGCGUGGUUCUGUUGUCAACUUGUCCUGUUUUAAGACAGUCUAUCAAUAUUUUACUAGAAGGAGUGCCUUCCAACAUAAGGAUUGCUGACGUAAGAAAAGAUUUGACUAAUACGGAUCAUGUAAUAAGCAUUCAUAAGACGCAUGUCUGGUCUAUAACUACUGGUAAGACGAUCCUAUCGGCUCAUCUGGUCGUAGAUUCCAGAGCGAAUGCCAACACUGUGUUAAAAGAGGCAACACGGAAGAUGUGUGAAAAAUAUCAGUUUUAUUACACUUGUUUACAGAUUGAAAUUCCACGUACUGAAUACAGAAUUAAUAUUCAACAAAAUAACAAGACAGAAAAUACAGAACACGACAAUGGAGAUUAAGAAAUCCUUAUGCAAACGAAUUAAUAUCAUUCUCGAUUGAGAGUGUUCUGAGUACUCUUAGUUAGCAAAAGUUGUAUAGAAUAGAUCACUUUUCUGAAAAACCUGCAUUUGCAAAUUAAAUUAUU